AUGUUUUGGGGGAAAAGCGAGAGUGCAAGUGAUCAGGAGUAUGUGCUGAAAGUUUUGACAGCUGCUGGGUAUACGGAAGGGUCUGGCUUCCGGAACGUGGAUGUGAACUCGGAGACCCCGCUUGAGUUUGAGACAGAAUGGGCAAAAGUUCAGUUGAUUGUGAGAAUUAGAGAUUUUGAAGCCGAUGAUUCUGGUGAAUCUGGAAAUUCUGAUAAUCUAGACAAAGCUAAGGUUUCCGAGGAUUCGGAGAAUUCCAAUUGCUACUUUGAUGUUCACAAGACCUCUAAAUUCUCCAUUGAGAUCCGCUUGCUAUUCCUCAAAGACACCCCUGGUGACCUUCUUCUUUUUGGGAACGACUUCGAUACUCCAAUUCGGGAUUUCUUACCCUACGGACUGACAUCAAUGGGGCUCAAAGUCUUGAAAUGGGUCGAUCCAAGCGUGGAAGGCGAUCUAUACGCAGACAGACCGUAUCUGUAUGGAAAGGCCUUGGGCAGCUUCAACCGAAUCUGCGUUGCUGAAUCCCCCGCAGAAGUUGCCGGAAAUUGGGAUGAGAAUCUUUCUAAUGCGAGCACAGAUUCGCUGGAUAUUCCUGCAGAUCCUGUCAAAAGGCAGUAUUUUUUUGCAGCUAAGGAAAAUCUGGAGAAAUUCCAGUUCCAAAAGGGCAAGGUAUACGCCUUUGACUUCACGAACGACUACAUAUCUCUGGGCCACGGAAAAUUCAAUCUGGCGCUUCCUGGAGGAUUUGAGUUGAAUCUGGCAAGUUAUUUGCAAUCUUUUGUAACUGCUCAGGGCGAUAACGAUGCUGCUGCUAAUUGGACUCUUAAGCUGAAGGAUCCAGACGGAAAAGAGGGAGCCGAAUCAGGUGUCCCUCUUUUAAUGAUCAAGUUUAGACUGGAACCCAAAGCCGGUGAUGAGCUAGACUGA